CGAUCACUCAUUCUUACACCCAUGGAGAGAGGAAGCCCUCUCGAGAGUCUCGUCUACUCAGUCCUGCCCGGACUGAGCCAGCUUCCUGGACGACAACGACAGGAACGCGUAAAUGAGCUCGUCGAGUAUGCAGAAGCCAUCCUCACGAGUCGCCUGCCAUCCUCCGUUCCCCUUGGCGUAGGGGCACUUCCCGAUGCCGCACGUCGACUGCUGCCUAAGAGCAGCGACGCGCUGCGAUUUAACGCGCUGUGGAGUGCGAUAGAGCGGAAUGGUACCCUUUCCGCGCCCAGCAAGCAACUCCAGUUCCUCGUGGCUUUGUCCGCUCUGAACCGAUCAUCUGAAUCUACCUUUGCCUCUCCGCGCCGAUCACACAAUCGAGUCGACUCCCGUGGAUUCGGAGCUCCUGCCCCACCACGAGCCGCCGCGCCGUCAGGUGAACCAUCGCGCCCCGCCGCCUCGCCAUCCAAGCCAGCACGGAGCAAGGCUGCCCUCCUUCGCGAAUGGCGCACCGAGCGCGCCCGCAAACCUUUUCCUGAGGCCCUGCUGCUCCGUGACGCAUUGUACUUGCUGCAGGGUAUCGAUGGCCGAUACGUUCGCUUCGCUGUGGCACCGCCACCUGAACUGAAUCCCUAUCUCACCGAGCGAGGGAGGGAAGGGAACGGUACUGGCUUUCCCCUCGGCGCCAAUGGCGUCACCAUCCCGACUGACGUUGAGCCGCAAGUUUUGGGGAUUGACAUAGUUGCAGAUGAGGCGAGGGAAGGAUACAUCGCUAAGCCGACGAGGAACAUCCUUGUGCAGCUGUCUGAGCUGGGCGUCUUGUACCGCCAGAUCACAAGCUUUGUUCAGGAGCAUCAGGCUGCUGGGCCGAGCUCACGCAGUGGCAUGGUCGUGCAGAGUCUUUGUCACUUUCUUCAUCACGAGCUGAGCGAGUACCACCGUCUGCUGGCGGUGCUGGAGUCGCAGAUGAACCGAGGCGACGAGAGCACCCCUGCAGAAUCUGGCCUAACUCUCAUUCGAUUGGGGCUGUGGACGGAGGACAUGCGCCUCAAACUCCGCCUCAUGGACAGCGUUGUCAGUGACGCGCGUAGCACACAUGGUGGCGCUCUGGUAUCCAAAAUUCACAAGCACACAGCGCAUGGCGAUCCCUUCGUGCGCAGGUUCACAGACCAAAUCUUGGAGGAGGUGUCCAAGCCCUUCUUCUCGACACUCCAACGCUGGAUUAUCUCAGGCGAACUACACGACCCUUUCAACGAAUUUUUUGUCCAGCUUAACCCGGAAAUCACGAGCAACGACGUGAACGCAUUCACCACCGACUUGGGCUUUGAGGAGGGUCUGGACUCCGACGGGAACACAAGUGAUGCGCACCAGGUCUGGGAGAAGAGAUACAUUUUCGUCAAGGCCAUGAUGCCCGGCUUCAUCAACGAGGACUUUGGCAAGAAGAUAUUUUCUACGGGCCGCUCUCUCAACUUCACUCGCUACCAUUGCUAUGACUCGGACUGGGUAGCAGAGCAGGCCGGCUCAGGCUCUAGCGCGCUUAAGUACUCUGACUUGAACGGGCUGGAGCAUUCCAUCGAUGUGGCUUACUCCAAGGCGAGUAAGCACCUCCUUGAGACCUUCUACGACAAAUACCACCUUAUGGACCACUUGACGGCGCUCAAAAGGUACCUUAUGCUGGGCGCGGGCGACUUUGUCGACCUCCUGAUGGACUCCAUGACGUUGCGCCUGGACCGUCCCGCGAUCUCGCUGUAUCGACACCAUCUGACGUCCGACCUGGAGAGCGCGAUCCGCGGCUCAUCAGCCCAGUUUGAUUCACCGGACGUGCUGCGUCGCCUUGACGCGCGCGUAAAACAUUACAACCGCGGCGAAAUUGGCUGGGAAUGCUUCAUGCUCGAGUAUCGGGUCGAGGCGCCUCUUAACGCGGUUCUCGACACACGUGCAAUGGAGGGGUAUGGGCGCCUUUUCAAUCACCUGUGGCUCUUGAAGCGUGUGGAGACAGCACUCACGAAAGGCUGGAAGCGCGCGACAUUCUCCAGCCGGCAAUUCGAAAGCCUCCCCUCCGUAGAUGGAAUUUGGCAUAUGUCCCGCCGACUUCAAGCAGAAAUGGUUCACUUCCUGCGCAACAUGCAGGCGUUCUGCCAACUCGAGGUGAUUGAAUGCUCGUGGGCCGCCCUACGAAAGACAACAGACAGACGAGACGGCGACUUGGACGCGCUCAUCUUCGCGCAUCGGACGUAUUUGGAUCGGGUGGUGCGCAAAAUCCUUCUCCUCGGCCCACGCAAGGAGGACACUCUGCUUAAUCUCGUCAGGACCGCGCUCGGCCACAUCCUGGCUUUCACGGCCUCAAUGGAGGAACUGUUUAAGUGGAGCCUGGGAGAGGCAACGCGGCUAGACCGCAUCAGGGGUGCGGAGCGUGGGUUGAACGCGGACGACGCACGCGUGGCCGAAUCUGAAGGCGAAGCGUCGCGUAAGAAGCUGCAAGACAUCCGCCAACGAAUCGACAUCUGCGGCGUCGGCUUUCAGGAUGCUGUGGGGAGCGUGUGUAAAGAAGCUGCUUCACAUCCAGAUUUGGACGUGCGGUUCUUGGCUAUACGUAUCGCAUUUAAUGGGCACUACUCGCUGCGGCGAGGAAAGAGGAAAUCGGCAAAAGGUAAUGCAGAGUGAGUGAAGAGGGCCCGUAUUUUCAUGCAUGUAUGUACUACUGAGAGGUAAAUGUACCAUUCUCGCGAUGCUCGAACAGUCUUGUGGACCAGACUGUGAGCGUGUGCGCCCCACCUCGGCCACAGACGUAUCUGA